AUGGAAGUUUCGGUUGGUGCAAGCAUUAAUGUUUGUAACUUAGGUGACAAAAGGUCGUUACUUUUUGUUGGUGAUCCAAAUUGUGCUCUGGAACUGAUAGGGCCAAAUUCGCAUCCCACUCGUGUAUUUCUGCAGCAUGACAUGAGGGGUUCACCUAUGGUUUUACUCUCAGUACAUCUGUUUUUGUUUCGUCGACGUCGGCGAUCAGUCUCUCCCAUCACCAAAUCAGGACGCGACGGCAUAGAUCCAGACAGAGACGCCGGAGGAAUCACCGGAGAUGAAGUUAUUGUUGUCUCGGCAGAGGAACUUGUCGUUCCAAGUCUGGUUUUCGCCGCCAAGCCUAUUGAUUCGCGUUCGGAGCUGCUUGGCGACUGCGUAGGUUUGCAUAAAGCGCAAGUUGGCGGAAGGUACCUGGAUGAGGUUAUGAGCUUGCCUCUAGCUGGAAUUGAGGCGAUUUUGGCAAGUGAUGAUCUCCAGGUGGCAUCCGAGGAUGCAGUCUAUGACUUUGUGUUAAAGUGGGCUAGGGUUCAAUAUCCAAAACUGGAGGAACGGCGGGAAAUCCUGGGUUCUCGUCUUGGGCGCUUCAUCCGCUUUCCUUACAUGACCUGUCGGAAGCUUAAGAAGGUUUUGACAUGCAAUGACUUUGAUCACGAUCUUGCAUCCAAGGUUGUGCUUGAGGCCCUAUUUUUCAAGGCUGAGGCCCCACACCGACAGCGAACCCUGGCUGCAGAGGAGCCUGCCACCACGAACCGCCGCUUUGUGGAGCGGGCCUACAAGUAUCGGCCUGUUAAGGUGGUUGAGUUCGAACUCCCACGUCAGCAGUGUGUGGUCUACCUAGAUUUGAAGAGGGAGGAGUGUGCAAAUCUGUUCCCAUCUGGGCGGGUGUAUUCUCAAGCAUUCCACCUGGGCGGACAAGGUUUCUUCCUAUCUGCACAUUGCAACAUGGACCAACAGAGCUCUUUUCAUUGCUUCGGGCUGUUUUUGGGGAUGCAGGAGAAGGGAUCAGUGACUUUUGCGGUUGAUUACGAAUUUGCUGCAAGAUCAAAGCCAACGGAGGAGUACAUUAGCAAAUACAAGGGCAACUACACUUUCACGGGUGGUAAGGCAGUUGGCUACCGUAACUUAUUUGCCAUACCUUGGACAUCAUUCAUGGCUGAGGACAGCCUUUACUUCAUUAACGGUAUACUCCAUCUCAGGGCUGAACUCACCAUCAGGCAGUGA